AUGGCUCCGUGCCGCGCGCGGGCCCUGCUCGCCUACCAGCUGCCUCUCCUACGAGCUGCCGCCCUCAAGAAAGGUAGCCGAGGACAAUGGGCAGCCAAGAGCUUUGCCCACUCGGCGCGACUCGCAAGCGGCCGCAGACAGAGUGUCGGCGGGUUCACGGUCAACCAGGAUCGCCUCAUGAACGACCUGCACCGCACGUGUAAGUGGGGCACCGGAAAGCGGUGGGGCUCGCUGGACACGGAAACUGGCAUGUCCCGGCUGUCGCUGUCUGACUCGGACAAGAAAGCGCGUGACUGGUUCGUUGAGACAACGAUGGCUCUCGGGUGUUCCGUUACCAUCGACGAGAUGGGCAACGUUUUUGCCAUCCGCCCCGGCCGGAACGUUGGACCGCCGACUUGUGUCGGCUCGCACCUCGACACGCAACCCAGCGGCGGGAGAUACGACGGCAUCCUUGGAGUUCUCGCGGGCGUUGAGAUGCUGAGGAUAUUGAACGAACGUGACGCGAGGACGCAUUUUCCGGUCGGGGUGGUGAACUGGACCAAUGAGGAAGGGGCCCGGUUUCCUAUUUCCAUGGUCUCGUCAGGUGUGUGGGCAGGCGAGGUGCCAGUCGAAACUGCCCACGGCCUUCGAGAAGUUAGAGGUGGCACCGUGACAAUGAGGUCUGAACUCGAGCGCAUUGGCUACUUGGGAAGCGUUCCAGCAAGUCAUACAUCCAUGCCCAUGGCCGCGCACUUUGAGCUUCAUAUCGAGCAGGGCCCGAUCCUCGAAAACCACAAACAAAAGAUCGGCAUCGUCACUGGCGUCCAGGCUUAUCGGUGGUAUACCGUCCAACUGACAGGCCGAGAUGCACACACGGGAACCACGCCUUUCGAUGCUCGAGCCGACGCCAUGCUGGCCGCUUGUCGAAUGAUAGCGUGCUCUCACGACUUGGCCGCCAAGCACUCGGCUCUAGCCUCGACCGGCAUCCUGACACUAACCCCAGGCAGCGUCAAUACGAUCCCGGGCCAGGUCAAAUUUUCUCUUGACAUACGCGCUACAUCGGAUGCCACUCUUGAAACCCUAGAGGCUGAGUUGAAGGCCGAGUUUUCUAGACUGGCGUCCAAGGAUGUCACCAAGGGACUUGAUGUGUCGGUGACCUGGCAGACUGACACCAUCUCACCCGCCGUUGACUUCCACCCUUCCUGCAUCGAGACCGUCCGGGCUUCGGCGCUAUCUGUGACGGGAGACACUAGCUUGUUUCGGGAAAUGGUCAGCGGCGCGGGGCAUGACUCGGUCUACACCUCGCGGCAUUGCCCAACGAGCAUGAUUUUUGUCCCGUGCCGGAACGGGGUCAGCCACAACCCCGAAGAGUUCGCCAAGGCAGAAGAUUGUGCAACGGGCGCCGAUGUGCUGAUGCAGAGCGUGCUGAGAUUUGAUCAUCUGCGCAGUGAAGAAGAGGUGUGA